AUGACGAUGGAAGACCGUCGUGUCAAGUUGACGGGAAACCAAAACGUCGACCUUCCGGCGGAGAUCAUAGAUGAGAUUCUUUCCAGAUUACCAGUGAAGCCCUUGUGCCGCUUCAAGUGUGUAUCAAAGUCAUGGCGGUCCCUGAUCUCUGAUCCUGAUUUUAUUGCCAUGCACUCCUCUAAAGCCUUUGAGAUUAAGGAUGUGUUGUCCCAAAGACUAAAACUAUUGUUUACUGACCGGGAAAGUGAUUGCGUUUACUCUUUGGAUGUUGGCCAGCUUCUCAACCAUAAUCAUAAUGUUGAAGUUGAUGGUUUAGUAGCAACAUCAGCUGAGCUCGAUUUUGUUUUCGAUAAUCUUCCAAGAAGAGGUCGAUACAAUUGUACUGGACUUGUGCAUACGUGCAAUAGCUUCUUAUUCUUCCAGAUAACUGACCCUAUUGAAACAAAUAACGGCUUUGUGCAUAACCAUUUGAUAACUAACCCUGCAACGAGGGAAUUAAAGAAAGUAUAUAACAUUCAUGACAACAUUUGUGGGAUUGUGUUUAGUGUCUAUACAUUGGAAACUAGUUCUUGGCGACGAGUUGAGGGUGAAUUUCUCUACUUUCCUAUUAGUAUAGGUGGGAUCGUGCUGAAUGGCCAUGUUCAUUGGUUGGCCGUGUUUGAGGCCAAACAAGAUCCAUCAUUGUUGAUUAUAUCUUUUAAUUUAGCAAAGGAGGAGGUCAGAGAAAUUCCACUACCACCCAUACGACGAGAAUAUUCAUCAAGAUUAGGGGUCUUUAGAAAUUGGCUAUGUAUCACAUUAGAACCAGGAGGAUGCAAAUCUACUGAGUUUUGGGUCAUGAAGGAAUAUGGAGUGCGGGAGUCUUGGACUAAAAUGCAGGUCUCCAAACCAUAUCAGGAAUUAUCACAUUCCGGUUUCUGGACAGAAUCACAUGAUCUGAUGGUGUUUGAUAAGUCAUCAUUGGUUAUGUACAAUUUUAAUGAUGGAACAUUUUGGAAUCUAUCAAUUGGUGAUAUUACCACAGCUGAUGGUUAUUUUGGUAGCUUCGGUAUCUAUGUGGAGAGUCUUGCUUCCAAUGCUUCGCUUAAGAACAUGAGAGAAGUAGAGAAGAUUGAUGAAUCCACUCAAUGGCAUCCUUGA